AUGUCGAAUCCAUCGGGUAUUUCUAUCGCAGAUGAAUGCAUAUCUGCAUUCAAUCAGCUCCGAUCAGGGCCAGAAGCUAUUAGACCCAAAUUCAUCAUCUACAAGAUCUCCGACGACAACAAGAGCAUUGUAGUUGAGGAAACAUCCACGGCGAAAGACUACGAGGUCUUCCUCCAGAAGCUAUCUGCUGCAGUGGACAAAGACGGCAACCCUGCUCCACGGUAUGCCAUCUAUGACAUGGAGUAUGAUCUUGGGAGCGAAGGAAAGCGUAAGAAGACCGUAUUCGUCCAUUGGGGUCCUUGCCAUGCGCCUAUCAAGCUGUGCAUGCUCUAUGCUAGUAGUAUGCAGCAAUUCAAAAGAGCGUUCGAUCUCAACACAUCGGUUUAUGCAGAUGGCCUGGAAGAGCUUGAAUGGGCGGUCGUCUUGAAGGAGGUCAGUGGGGGCCAAGCAUAG